AAUAUCUCGGAGCUUUUAAGACUCCAUAAUGACUUUAUAUAGAAUUGUAAUCAGAUUAGAGAGACAGUACUCGCCACCCAACUUUGCCAAAUAAUCAUAACAUUUCAGGCAAAUUCAUGGGUCUCAAAGAUUUUCAUCUCAAGUUUAAGCAAGGCUUUCAGCUGAGGCGAAUUCUCAAGAUAAAAACUGGGGUUAAGAAGAAAGAGGCUAAUUUUACUACAAAACCUUCAUGGAUGAUGCCAGCAGUCUCACAUGGGCAUCAUGUGGUUGAGGGUUAUGAUGAAUUCGACUGUGACUAUGUUGUGGCUCAGAGAGAGCAGAUUGAAGAGCUUGAGGUGUGGCUUUUCGGAGUUUCCGAUCCUCGGAUUGGGGACGGAAUUACCAAGUACAUGCAGGCACAUCUGUUUGAUAAGAAGCCCAAAGAGUCUAUCAUAAAGGGAAAGAGCAACGAGACGAUGAGAAAAGCAUAUCUUGAUGCUAAAGCAAAGGUUAGAGACGCCCAGGGAACAGAGGAGACAAAUGGAGUCGGUUCAGUUUCGGCAAUGGUGAUCAAUGGUGAAAAGCUAGUAUUAGCGAAUAUGGGAGACUACAGAGCAAUUGUUUGCAGAGAGGGUUUGGCUCAUGAAAUAGGCAUUAGGCACAAGCAAUCACCCAAAAUGAGUUGGACACACAGACUCUUUAAAGCAAACAAUAAGCAAUCUAAAAGCUCAGAUCUUGUUGUUGGGGCCGAAAAGAUUGAGAACGAUAUUGAAUUUGUCAUUUUAGCAAGCAGUGGCAUAUGGGAGGUGAUGAAGUAUCAAGAGGCUGUGAAUCUCAUAAGGCGCGUUGAAAAUCCAGAAAUAGCUGCCGAGUGUUUGGCAAGUGAAGCUUCAAAUAGAAUGAGCAGAAGCAACAUUUCUUGCUUGGUCAUUCGAUUUGAUUGACAUAUCAUUUCUUAAUUCGCGUUGUCUUUGUUCAUAUGGGACGAGAUACACAGUUUUUAUUCCAUGGGUGCAAAACAGGUCUGAAUUAGUAAUGGAGCAUGCGAUGAGACGCAUGUUGGAUACAUUGGAACAGA